GCUCUCAUUAAAACAUCUUUAUUCCAGUAAUUUUAAGGAUUUCUUGUGAGAUUGCAUCUUCUUUAUUCUACUAAUAUUCUAACUAUAAUAUAAAAACUCAGUCUGGCCCUAGUAAUCCGUCGUAUUUUCAGAACAAAUCUUUUGUGUUUUGUUUGAAUCAUUUUGAAUGGUUUAGUCAGCUUUAGGCUGUUUUCCGUUUCUCCACCAGAGGGCAGCAGAACUGAGCGUCUUUAAAUGUUUCUGUGUGAGAAAGCGAGAGAAAAACCACCAAAAGAAAGAAUGCAUGCGUGAUUGUGCAGGCAAAUGUGUGUAUUUGUGAGGGUGCCAGCCUUGUUUGUAUGCCAGUCCUGACAAAAGCUCCAUCCAGCCGUGCAGCAGAGGGCUGCUUGUUCCCAGAGACCCUCAGAGCUCCAGGACAGCCAGUCCCUCUGCAGUCCAGACCGGGAUCCGGACCCGAGCGCUGCCCGCCCUGCCCUCCUGGAGCUCCGGUUGGAUUACCGAUGGAUGGGAAACACACACAGGAGCGUCUGAAGUGAGACAGUUUGAGUGUUUGGAGAGGAGGAAACUUCUCAGCUGGAUGUCCAAGCGAACAACUCAAGUUCUGCUCAGUUUGGAAAACUCAACUUCAACUCUCAGCUUUUGCGUCCGGGAUCGGGAUAUUUUCAUUUGACCAAUCGUGGAGGAAGACAGUUGGUAACUUCCAAACACAGGCUGAUCAUUUUAUUCCAGAGUACAAGAACCUUCUUGGAUACUCCUGGGGUUUUAUCGGAUUGUUGGUCUUGGACUUUCCAGAAACAGGCUAAAUUCCACGGUUCUGGUUUGAGCUGGAAGUAGAUCUUUUAAACUUGUAGGUCAUGGCUCCAUCAUUUGUUUUUUUGCUCUGUCUUUACCUCCCGCUGCAGUUCAUUCAUGCAAAGACUGUUGAGCAACAGGACAAGCAACAGAGCAAUCCCCAUAAAUCCCCCGACAGCGUCCAGCUGGAGGCUCUUCACCUGAAGAGCAGGAGGCAGUUAAAGCCCGCAGACGAUGCCCCCAACCCUGAACACAGCCCCCCUGUACCCGACAUGGUGGACCUGGACCUGGACCGCCGGGUCCGCCUGGCCCGCGGCGCAGACGAGGACGAGCAGCAGUCCACCUUCAGCCAUUCCUUUGAGAACGAGUGGGUGACGACGCCUCAACUCACAGAGUUCAGCAACACAACCAGGGCAGAACUGAACCACAGAGACGAGAUCAACCUCCAGGCAAACGCCUCCAACCCCGACGACGAGGGUCCCUUCAACCCGUUUUACCCGCUGGUGGAGAGCUCCUACGUGGCGUAUGUGGUUCUGCUCCUGGCCGGCCUGGUGCUGGCCGUGGGCGUGGUGGCCAACAUGGCCGUCAUGUGUGUGGUUUGGAACAACUACUACAUGAGGUCCGCCUGGAACUACCUGCUGGCCAGCAUAGCCUUCUGGGACUUCCUGGUCCUGGUGGUGUGCCUUCCAGUGGUGGCGCUCAACCACCUGUCCCACCGGAGGAUCCUGGGCGACAUCACCUGCCGCUUGGUGCCGUACAUGGAGAUAGCRUCUCUCGGUAUAACCUCCUUCACGCUGUGCGCCCUGGGGAUCGACCGUUUCCACUCCGCCACCUCCUCGCCCCAGCAGAAGGCCCGGCGGGUGGAGCGCUGCCGCUCCGUUCUGCUGAAGAUGCUGCUGGUUUGGCUCUCGGCUCUGCUGCUGUCCAGCCCAGAAAUCUUCCUGUGGCAGCUGAGCCAGGCGGCGUCUCCGUCCACCGGCAGGAUGGUCGACACCUGCACCAUCACCCCAUCCUCCCCACUGUCCCUGUACCUGCCCGACUCCCUCCACUCCCUGCUCCUCAGGUACCACCAGGGUCGCAUGUGGUGGUGCUUCGGCUGCUACUUCUGCCUGCCCGUCCUCUUCACCAUCCUCUGCCAGAUGGCCACUCGCAACGUCAACAGCGACUCCAGCUCUGCCCAGAAGCAGCGUAACCAUGACGACCGCGCCAGCAGCCAGAAGCGCCAGCAGCACCAGGCGGUGGAGCGGCAGCUGAACUGCACCCUGCUGGCGCUGGCCGUGGUUUAUGGGAUCUGCGCUCUGCCAGAACAUGUCUGCAACAUCACCCUGGCCUACACGCACAUCACCGUCUCCGAGGGCACGGCAGCCAUUCUGGUGCUGUUACAUCACUUCCUGUUGUUCCUAAAGUGCGCGGUGACGCCGGUGCUGCUGCUGUGUCUGUGUAAGGCUCUUGGUCAGGCCUUCAUGGACUGCUGCUGCUGCUGCUGCCAGGAGUGCCAGCCAACCACGGCCCAGGAUUCACCAGGCUCCGCCCAGGUCAAACUGAAGGCAGCCAAUGAGACGUCCAUCUUCUUUGACAAGGCUAAAGACACGACGGCCAUCUUGUCCAUCWCCAGCUAGAGCCACACGUUCCUCUUCAGUUAUUGCUCCAUGCAUCCGUCUCCUCCUGGAUCAUCUCUUAGAAAUAACUCCAGGUUUCCYUCCUUUCGUCUUUCUUAACUCUACACCUCUUCUUCUGCUCUCUACAUGAUCUAUCCAUCUGUUUCCAUCACCUUUCUUCUUCCUGUGUACACCUUUUCAGCCAGACCACUGUUUGGUUCGGGACACUGCCGCUUCCUGUCUGUACAGGAAGUAAUGUUUAAUCCGUUAGAAAAGCUGCUGUUGAGACCUGUGUUGACGGCAGGAACCUGUUCCAGGACUCUGAGGAGAAAACCCCGACCGGCCUCUGCAGAUCCAAGCUGUGAAGUUAUUCUUUGUUCUUACUGGAAGUAAUUUAAGCUAAAUCAAAGCUGUAGUUUCUAUGAAUGUUUAGCUGAGAGAGAAACCUGAAGGUCUGCUGCUACGACCAGCUGGCAAAAAGUCUGGAAACUAAAAACUGAAACAUGAUAAAUCAAUAAAAGUUUUAUUUAAAUUACAAGGCAGGAAUUUGAGUUAUUUAGCCUGCCACAUUUUCACUUUGUUGCUAAAUAUUUAGACUCCACGAUAAACAUUUAGCUCACUAAAUAUCUGUAACAUAUUUAAUUGAAAUAUUUAGUUUCCAGGCUAGUUUUAGUUUAGCAACGUGAACAAUUAGUUUAGUUUUCAAACUAAAUAUUCAGAUCUAAACUAAAUAUUUAACUAAUACGCAAAUACACUGGMCCCAGUUGGCCCCAGUUGGCCCAGUUUUUCCGUGUUCUGGUGUUCAGAACCARCUGGUUCUGGUGCGCAGCAGCAGCCCAGCAGGAGGUUCCCUGAGCCUGUUGAAUGUUUGUACUGGUGUUUYRCUGCAGGUGUUUCUGUAAAGGUUGUGCUGAUAAUGAAGCUACUAAUCUGAGAUGUUGAUGAAGAACAUGGAGGAAGAUGAGGAAGAUGAGGAAGACUCGGCCCGAGAUGACCAGGAGGUUAAAGUGUGUAGAUUAAAGUGUAUUAAUGUUCCUUAACCAGAAUGUCUAGAACASGAAGGAACAGCAGAUUUACGUUUUUCAGGAUAGAAGUACCACUAAUCCCGUGUUUGUUUGACAGGAUGCAGAUUUUAUGUGACAUGGAUGAUUGUGCCUUUGUAAUAUUCAGUGUUUUAAUGUUAAAUUUCUGAAAUUACAACAUGUUUGUCAGGUC